AAUGUUUUUUUUUUCCUGUCCAUGAAAGAUCCAGCGUCGGACCAAUUUACAGUUCACUGCUCUGCUCUCUCUCUCUCUCUCCGGAGCUUCAUCUCCUUCCGCUUUUCAAAGGCGCAGCCUCACAACAGGUUUGUUCACUAUUCUUUGCAUUGACUGCGAGGGGUGGCGCUCCUCAUCGUGUCGCAUUGCCUCACCUGGUGGCACAAGCCGAGUUCAUAGAUACCAUGGACCCAGGCCAAAGCAUUGCCAUUGUGAUCCCUCUACAUUGCUUUUAAUUCUUUUGACGUUUUCCUGCUCUUGAGUCGUUAACGAUUUGACCGAUUGAUUGCUCUGCUUCUCGAGGUGUCGGCAACGGGGCCGCAUUGUGGUUAUUAGAAGUCUAGGAGGGCGGUUACUGUGAGAUUAGGUUGGUAGUAAGGGGAUCCAGGCAAUAGGGUCACGGGUUACCUGCAUUCCCAUCCCCUCUUCCUGGAUUAGUAUUUCGAUUCCUGUGCGUGAGUGCGUAGUUUUUCUGCGGCGUUGCAUUGGAGCACAGCUUCAGGGGAGGCAGUAGUUUAGAAGGGAUUACGACUGAGGAAUCCCUGGGAGUGACGAGGGGCUUAGUGACGGGUGGUAGAGUAUGAGGGACGACGACGAGGAAGAGGAGCUUUUGCAGCGGGCAUUGGCGGAGCAAGCAGCCAGGGAAGUGAGCUACCAGAGGCCACCAAAUCAGCCGCCUCCAAAUGUGUCGGUAGCGGCAUCAGGUCCGUCUCAACACAAGCCUCGACGCGGUAUAAAACACAUUUCUCUCUCGCCAACUGGCAGAGGACCGCCAAGAAGGGAGGCUCCGCAGACAGAAGUGAACGGUGGCCCACCGAGGAGGAGGUCCUCUAGUGCUAAUGGAGUUCAGGUUGCUGCCCCCCCAAGGAGAGUAGCACCUGCUAAGACUUCAACGAUUGAGCACGAUGAUGAGUCGGAUGUGGAGCUUCUGAGUUUAUCCUCGGAUGAUGAUGAUGAUGAUGAUGAGUCGCAGGGACGUCGCGCGAUCGUGUCAAGCAAUAAGCCAUUGAAGUCUCAGGGCGCAGCAGUGGACGAGGAUGACGAUCUGUGGAAUGAGAACGAUGAAGAUCCUUCGACUUGGAGUGGAGUUGAUCAAGCAGAGCUGGCAAGAAGGGUGCGGGAAAUGCGGGAAACCCGAACAGCACCAACCUCUCAUGCGCCAGGAAUCCGCUUGCGCAAGUCAACCAAUAUCGUGGAUGUUAUCCCGAGAGCAGAGGACUAUGUUGAUCCCUUGGGGCUUGGUCUUAUAGAUAUCAGAAGUUUGACACUAAUUCCUAAAGACAAGCUUGGCGAUCACCCUUCUUCGACAGACAAAGGGAGCGAUGGAGGACGAGGUUUCCUGAAAGGCAAGAAGGCUGAUAUGAAGGUACCUACACGAGACACAACUGAAGUAGAUCCUGAUCAGCCUGAACUUCCAGUUGUGAAAGAUCAUGCUACAAGAGAGAAAAUAAUUUAUCAUUCGGAGAAGUUUGAUCCAAGGUUCUUCCUCGCUCGUAUACAUCAGAAUACCAGUGCGCAUGAUCUCGAGGAUGCUGGUGAUGCUUUGCGGCGUGGUUUGCAAAGUCGCAAAGAGCAACUGAAGAAGUUGGUGAAAGAGAAUUUUGACUGUUUCAUCUCCUGCAAGAACACCAUUGACGAUAUACAUUUAAAACUUCAACAAAUAGAAUCUCCCAAAGAGGGCACUGGAACUGUGCAUCUUAACAAUGCCAUUGGGGAAGUCGAUGUUUUUGCCAAGCGAGCAUUCGCACCUCUCCUCGAACGACAGGCUCAAGUGGAGCGUAUAAGAUCUGUUCAAGGAAUGCUCCAGCGAUUCAGAACCCUCUUCAACUUGCCUAGCAUGAUUCGCGCAAGUAUUAGCAAGGGUGAAUACGACCUUGCAGUUCGGGAGUACAAAAAAGCCAAAACACUUGUGUUGUACUCACAUGUUGCCAUUUUGAGCAGGGUGCUGCAAGAGGUAGAUAAGAUUGUUCAGGAAUUCAAAGAGAUGCUUUACAAGAAGAUGGAGGAUCCUCAUCUCGAGAUGUCUCAGUUGGAGAACACGAUUCGGCUCCUGCUGGAGCUUGAGCCAGAUUCAGACCCUGUUUGGCAUUACCUGACUAUUCAGGAUCGGAGAAUCCGGGGACUCCUGGAAGGAUGUACCUUAGAGCAUGAUUCUCGAAUGGAUGCUCUUCUUGGGCGCGCUCGCGAGCGUGUUCAGUCGGAUGCUCGUUGGAAGCAACUUCAGCGAGAAUCUAAUAAGGCUUCAGAUGUGGACUUUAACCUGCUUCUAGGCAGCAAUGAUAGAGAGCAAGAUCGAAGUAGUAUUAUAGAUACUUCUGGCAACGAAUCGGACGCACUUUUGGGUCGUCUAAUUCGGCGACUUACGGCUGUUAUCGUAACGCACUUGCCAAGUUUCUGGCGUCUAGCUAUCUCCAUAUUCAAUGGGAAAUUUACUAAGGUUACUGGUGGAAGCAUGGGAUUGCGAAAGGCAGGCUCUAAAUCAGAUAAUGAGAGCGAAAGCUAUCCCUUUGAAGAAGUUGCUGAAUCGAAAUUCACCUCUCAUUCUCUGGAUGAAGUCGUUACCAUGGUCCACUGCAUUAUUUCUCUUUAUGAAUCAAAGGUCCAGACCGCAUAUCUUUCCCUCGCAGAAGCCAAUGUCCUUCGCCCAUACAUGCGGCAAGGAGUAGCAGAGAUAUCAAAAGCAUGUAUUGCACUUGAAGGAAACGAUUGUGCUCCUGCAAGUGCAUUUCAAAUGCUGUUGGUGCUGCGUACUGAAGUGACAAGAGUAUUUGUUCUACGAUUAUGUGCUCUCGUGCACACUGCCACCACAGAUCUGGUGAACGAAGAGGAUUGGAUUCCUGUAGCCACGGUAGAACGGGGUGGUUCACCUUUUGCAAUUUCAAGUAUACCUCUCCGUUUUCGGGACAUGCUUGAAUCUGCAAUGGAGUAUCUAACUGAGAUGCUAGACAGGCUAAAAGUGGGAUCUCCUGGGCACGAGGAUAUGGUCAACCAGCUCCAUCAAAUGCAGGACAACGUGCACAACACGUUCUUUGAGUGUUUUCUCACACUUGCCGAAAAUCUGGAAAAGCUAGCCUUCGAGCUUUCAAGAUCACCUCUACCACUUAAAAAUGAUGAAACCGAUUUUGAACACGAACCAUCAGGGUCAGAGAGGUUUGUGGGACUCGUAGCUGGAAAUGAAGUGAUCAGCCACCACCAGCGCCUCCUGAUGGUGCUCAGUAAUGCUGGAUUCUGUAAUUCACACGUACUGCCAGAGCUUUCAAGAAAGUAUCAACAUGUUUGGUCUUAUGCUGGCAAGGAAGACAAGAGGGGAAUAGGACCUGGGGCCAGUCAUGUUACUGCUGAAGAAGCAGGAGCCAGCUUGUCAUCUUCGGAAGACAAGAUUCUCAAUCAAUACAACUAUGAGAAGGCCAUGUCUGUUGGAAUAGCUGCUGCUGCGUACUUGCUAGAUGAUGGGACACAGUGGUCUGCUUCCCCACCGGUGAAGGGCAUACGAGGAGCAGUGGUAGAAUUACUUCAUCCACUGGUAUCCGUCCAUGCAGAGGUCUAUGCAGGGGCCAAACCUUUUGUAGAGAAGGUGAUAAACCAUCUGGCGGAAGGACUUUUGGAAGCUUUGCUCAAUGUCUUCACAGAGAACAAGACUAAGGUGUUAAAAUCCCUUGAUGUUCAAGGAUACUGUCAGCUGAUGCUCGAGGUUAAAUAUAUUGAAGCUGUUCUCGGAGGCUACAUGAACGCAACAUCCCGUGAUAUAGUUCUUCACUUGCGGGACUUGCUUCUUGACAGGGUUCUUGAGACUGUCGGUGAUGUAUCUGAACUAGGUCUACGAAGGUCUACGAGAAGCAGUGAUGAUGGAACUGAGGACAGAGGUUCUAUUGUGAACGUUUCACAGGAGGACAUACAGAUACUCGUUCAACAAGUUAUAGCCGAGUACCUUUCAAGCGAACUGGAGAGAACACGUGUCAAUGUUUUUUGUUUCACGGAUGCACUUACGAACUCGGACCUACAAGGGAGGCGGACCGUAGCCACUCAACAGCGAACUCGGUCAAACUUUCCGAGUACGUUAAAGACAAGACAUCGUAGGAAAAAUUCUGCAUCGAGCUUGACUGACUCUGAGUCAGUGAAGCCUGUCGGUGUCCUUCCUCUCCUCUCACCAUAUGGCAGUUACGCAAGUUCAGAAUUUGGCAGUGAUGGAGGCAUAGUUGACUUGCGUUCCAGAGGGACUCCUAAUGCAACUGACCGAUAUUCAAGAGGUUCCGUGGAAUUAAGACGUACUGUGCAGAGGCCUGUUCCAAGACUCUUCCAUGAUGGUUAGAAUUCAAUGCACGAAACCCGUAUUUUUCGUGUCAAAGCCUGGUAGGCACUUCAUAUCCACCUUUGUGGUUCCAGUCCUGUACAUUGAACUGAUUGUUGCAUAAACCAAUCACCUUUGUGAAUCAGUAGGUUAGGUAGUCACGUUAAUUUACUCAAUUCAAGUGGUGGUCAAACUCGAUUUAUUAGAGGUUAAUCUGGCCUUUCUAAGAUACUUAUUACUCAGCGAUGCAACACCCUCUGCUUGGCAAGUGAGUUGAAAAUGUGUUGUAACUGCUCUGUACGGACAUUCUUUUUGCAAUUAUUAGUAAAGCAAAUUGCACCAGUUAAUAUCACGACUGUGAUCGUGAAGCUGAUUUUAGUAGACAAA